AUGGUAAAUAUAAAUCUCUAAAAUGAUAAAAAAGUAGAGGAGACUUAAUCAUAAUCUAUAUAGAAAUAUCCAGAUUAUAUUUCUGGCUAAACAAGCUCUGAUAGUUAAGGCGAAACUAAUAUAUCUGAAGUAUAAUAAAUCAAAUAUCAAGUAUAAAAUGUAGUUUAUUAGUUUGAUUCAGACUAUUAAUUUGAUUAAUAAAAUGAAGCAGAUAUUGAAAUUUUACUUUAAUAAAUUGGAUACAAAAUAGAAAAAUUUUUAUCAGAAGGAGGUUAAGCAAGAGUAUAUAUUGUAAGAUAAAUAAAUACUAAUAAAAAAUAUGCUAUGAAAGUUUUUUUUUAAAAUCAAAUAUAAAACGGUAAGUAAGAGUAUGAAAUUUGUUAAAGAUUCGAAAAAACUAUAUAUACUAAAGAAAUUAAAGAAUUCAUUAUUCAUACAAACUUUUCUUUCCUUAUUUCGGAAUAUUAUGAUUAAGAUUUGAGUGAUGAAAUAGAAGAUAUAAAACAUUAUAAAGGAGCAAACUUUACAUUUUAGAAAUUGCUUUUAAUGAUAUUUAAUAUAAUAGAUGGAUACAGUUUUUUGAGAAUCUACAAUAUUAUUCAUUUAGAUAUCAAGACUAGCAAUAUUUUAAAAAAUGAAACUACGGCUAUCUACAUCAUCAGUGAUCAUGGUUGUUCUUUAAUUUAUAAACCAAAUCAACUAGUUAAUUACAAUUAGAGAUGCUUUACAGAAAAAUAUGCUCCAGAAGAAUUAAAAAAAGGUACAAAGGAGAUUGGACCAAAAACAGAUAUUUAUUCUUUAGGAAAAACUUUUUAAGAAAUUUUUGAAUAAUUAAAAGAAUUUAUUGUUGGUGAUUCCUUUUCAUUUGCUAAAUAAUUUAUAUAAAUCAUACAUGAAAAAAUGAUUUAAACAUCUAUUGAUAAAAGAGUAGAUAUCUAAGAACUCCAUAGACUUUUUUUCGAAGUAAUUAAGGAUGAAAAAUACAAAGAAUUUUUAAAAGAAUAUAUAAAAUAUAUUAAGGAUUUUAGUGAAUUAACUCAUUAUGAUGAAAACAAAAAUAUUCCUUAUUAUUCUUCUAUUAACGUUCAUUAUUUAAAAGUUUAGAUUGACAUUUCUCAAUUUUUAGGUUUUAGUAAAUAGGAAAUUGCUUAAAAAUUAUAUAAUUUAGGAAACUUUUACAUUUAAAUUUAGGAUUAUACUAAUGGUUUUAAAUACGCUAAUGAAUCUUUAUUGAUAAGAAAGGAAUUAGGUAAUACCAGAGAAAUUGCCCUAUCUACUUUAGAUGAAUCAUAUCAGCUAGCAUAAUCUUUAAAUCCGCCAGAUUAUUAUUUAUUAUCAAGUAACUUAUACUAUAUGGCAGGCUAUUACUAUAAUAAUAAUGAUAAAAUUAAAUCUCUCGAAUUUUCUUAAAAAUCAUUGUUGCUCAGAAAAUAACACAUGCAACCAGACAAUAUUUUAAUAGCCCAUUCAUUAUAACAGUAUGCAUUAAUUUUAGAAUAAGAUGAAUCUCUGUAAUAUUUUUAUGAAGCUCUAGAAAUUAUAAAUUUAAGUUAUCCAGGAAAACAUGAAUUAAAGAUUAAAAUAUUAAUUAAUAUGGGAGUUUUUAUGAGUAGUGCUUUAAGGCGGUUUGAUGAUUCUUAAGUAUUUAGUUUUUAAGCACUACAAAUGUGUGAAGAAAUAUUUUAAGAUACUUCAUUUGAUAUUAUAUUAUUAUAUAAUAAUAUAGCUCACAAUUACAACCAUCUAAAUAAUCCUUAAACUGCUUUUAUUUAUAUACUAAAAUCUUUACAGUUAGCAAGAUCCAUAUAAAAUAUUGAUCCGCUUUAUAUGGAUACCUAUUAUGAUACUCUAUGGGAGUCUAUAUUUUUGAUGGAAAAAUAAAAAUAAAGUUGA